AAAGAGUACAAACUUUUACUAUAUAAUCUCACUAGUAGCAAUGACAGUAAUCACGCAAAAACGAGAAUCUAUCUAGCUAAAGAAACAAAAGAAGUAAGUAUAAACGCUAGACGCAAGAAGCUAAGUAUGCCGAACAAAAGAUGCGUUGAGUGGCAGUUCAGUGGCAGCGAUGCGGCCGAAGAAGCUGCCGCAGCCUCACUAGGCACUUACUCCUCUGCGGUUUUCGCUCUGUGUGAUCCACUCGGAAAGCCCAUUUUACCCCCACGAAGCGACUCCCCGGAGACUAGCCAUACCGCUGAAAAGGCGGUUGUUAAAGCGGUCAUCUGCGGCACAGGAAACGCCUAUGCUCCUAGCAUUGGUCUUCCCGUCGCCAGAAGUGCUGUGGCGGAAUAUCUAAACCGAGAUCUUCAUAAAAAGUUGACGGGAGAUGAUGUGUUUAUGACUGUUGGAUGCAAACAAGCGAUCGAGCUCGUGGUCGAUAUCUUGGCUAAACCGAAAGCCAACAUCUUGCUUCCAAAACCGGGUUUCCCUGCGGACUACGCCCGCUCUAUCUACAAGCACGUUGAGGUCCGAAGGUAUGACUUCAUCCCCGAGAAAGACUUUGAGAUCGAUCUUGACAGCGUCAGAGAGAUGGCAGACGAGAACACGUUUGCGAUCUUUAUAAUCAAUCCUCACAAUCCCAUUGGGAACUACUACACUGAGGCUCAUCUCAAACAGCUCGCUAUAUUGGCUCGGGAACUAGGGAUAAUGGUUGUUUCGGACGAAGUAUAUCAAUGGACCGUGUUUGGGAGUAAUCACUUUGUUCCAAUGGGGAAAUUCUCCUCAAUCGUACCCGUCAUUACACUCGGGUCCAUAUCGAAAGGAUGGAGUGUUCCAGGAUGGCGAACAGGCUGGCUCGCGCUGCACGACCUAGAUGGUGCCUUCACAUCCACCAAGGUCUUAAAAGCUGCUAAGGAAUUUCUAGAAAUAAAUUCUAAACCAGCAACUGUUAUCCAGGCGGCUAUUCCCACCAUCUUGGAGAAAACUCCUAAAGAGUUCUUCGAUCGGAGGCAGAAUUUUCUGAAAAACAAAGUGGAUUUUGCAUAUUCUAAGCUCAAGGAUAUACCAACCCUCAUCUGCUACAUGAAACCUGUCGCAUGCACCUUCUUAUGGACCGAGCUGGACCCAUUGCAGUUUUUUGACAUUAAAGACGAUCAAGACUUUUGCAAUAAGCUUGCUAAGGAAGAAAACCUCGUCCUCUUACCAGGGAUUGCUUUUGGUCAAAAGAACUGGUUGAGGCAUUCUAUCGACAUGGACAUUCCGACAUUGGAGGAUGCGUUUACAAGACUGAAGAGCUUUUGUGAACGCCAUGUCAUUAUAAACCAAAGAUUAACUCACGACGUCAAUGAUGUCAACUAAAGGGUUCCGAAUAAACCAAAGCCUAAUAGUAUCAUAUAUUUGCUAUAAUAAUAAAUGGGGUGUUUUGGUUUUAUGAAAUAAAUCAUGAACUCCUAUCAAGUUUCUACAGAAAUAUGGUGUGUUAGUAUCAUCACUCAUGUAAUGUUUUCUCGUCGUUGAGGUUCUCUUUCUAUGUAUUUCUAGUUUUCUA